AUGCGUCUGCUUCCGCAGUCAUUAGCAGCGGCUCUCUAUCGCGAUCCCGCACCUUAUGCUGCAAUGAAUUGCAGGGCAAGCUCUGGAUCGGCAACGGAGAAACCGUCGUUCCGUCCAAAAAAGGUGCUCAUCCUCAGCAAAAUUACCCGAUAUGAAUUCGAGAAGCGGGUACACGGAGAAGAUGAUGACAGAAAACUUGAAGCAUUGCUGAAACGACGUGGAUCAGAUUAUAACCAUUUGUUAAAGAAGCAUCAGAUCCAUCAAACAUAUUUGCAGACGAUUCAGUCAGAACUGGAACGAGCUGGUGUGGAAUCCAAGGUCGUCCAAAGGUUUGACUACACAGAAGAAGCAGUAAACUGGGCAGACGUUGUGAUGACCGCUGGUGGAGACGGAACUUUUUUGCUUGGAGCUUCACGUAUACAUCAGAGAAACAAGCCCGUCAUAGGCAUCAACACUGAUCCUCAAGGAUCGGAAGGCUACAUGUGUUUAAUGCGAAAAUUGCCGAAGGAACAUUUUCGGUCGGCCUUGCAACGAUUGCUCGAUGGAGAUUUCCACUGGUUGUAUCGUCAACGGAUUCGCAUAACACUGAGUGGUGAUAGACAAGCGGGUGUCGGCGAUUCAAUUGAACUUCACGAUCAACAGUUAAAUCGAAUGCCAGCCACAACGCGAUGGAUGGAUGGCCAUGUAACAACAUCUUCUGCCUUCUGUCACGCCAAUCAAGGAGCUACCCCUCCAAGAGAAGACGGCUUGUGCGGCGUGAAAAAGUCAAAGAAACGUCAGCGUUCGCCGCCAGAGAGAGUCACGAUGCAGUUACCCGUUCUCGCGCUGAAUGAAGUAUUUAUUGGAGAAAGUCUUUCAUCACGGGUAUCAUACUACGAAAUACAGAUCGAUAAUGGAAAGAUGGUCAAACAAAAAAGCAGUGGUAUUGCUAUCUGCACAGGCACAGGGUCAACUUCGUGGUAUUUUAAUAUCAACAAAUUAACUGAGCAAUGCGUAUCCGAAUUGUUGCGAAUAACGUCGGAACAGUGCAAUGUGAGUAAUGGUUUACAUUCAUGUCUUUUAAAUAUCUUCGUUGCUCUCCCAGCCGAUGACAAGCAAAUGGUUAGCGACAUUUGUACCAAGUUCAAUCAGCAGCUCAUAUUCGAGCCUGACUCACUACGUAUGGCGUUCACAGUACGGGAUCCAAUCUUCAAUGCAACAUUUUCCCCGUCAACACCUCGUGGAUUUGCGGAAAAAAUUUGUGUGAAGAGCCGUGGAUACGAUGCGCACUUGGUUGUGGACGGCGGAGUCUCCUACCGUUUCAACGAUGGUGCGGAAGCUACUGUGGAAGUGCGCGAAGAAGAUGCCCUUCAAACUGUCAUAUUCAGAUGA